AAUAGCGGGAGCAGCUCGGAGCUAGUUAGAUCUGAAAACAGGAGCAGGAAUAAGAACAGAAAACAUGAGGAAGAAUAUCCAAAGCCCUGGGCAUUAAUGCCAACCAGCCUGGGUCUCGCUCUGACUCUCUGCCUACUCCUGCUGGGGUGGGUGGAGGGUCAGGUAAACGGAACACAGUGUACCAAGCCACCACAAUGGAGGAUUGGAGAGAAUUACCCAAUGAAGAACGCUCUGGGUACUGUGACAGUGGUAGUACUUUUCCAAGCGAGCUGACAGUUAUGUCAAAAACAGGCACCCAGAUUGGAUAGCCUGCGAAAAAAUCUGACAAAUGCUGGCCUGGUGAACAUCUCUUACUUAAUAGUAAACCAUCAAGAGAAGCUUUCACGUGACCUGUAUCAGAAUUUCACUGAUUUAGUGUCUAGGGAUAUUCCUGUGUAUCAACAGAAUGUUCAUCAGCCUAAUAUCUGGAAGCUCUUACAAGGGGUUACAGAUGACUUUCUGAUCUAUGACAGAUGUGGCCAUUUGACCUACCACCUGGGUCUGCCCUACACCUUACUAACCCUACCAUAUGUGGAGACUGCAAUUAGGAUGACUUACUGUCAAAAUAUCUGCAGUGGCUGCUCUGUAAUGCAAUAUGUUGAAGCAUGUAACUCAACAAGUGCAACAGAAGAAAACACUGCUGACAAAACAGUACAGAAUCAUCGUCGUGGAGUAGUUAAAUCAGUGAAUAAGGCUGAUGCUCAACCUGAUAGUGGCCUCAACACACAUACACAACUUCUGUUAAACAUGACUGGGCCAGGCGAAGAGCAAGAUCCCCACCGAAGGCGGCAGCACCGCCAUCAUCAACGUCAUCACAAGAACCAUCACAACAACUCAGGUCAUCGAGAGGAAAGUAUGGCAGGAACAAGUGAUGGACCAACAGCCAACAGCCCCAGAGUACAGCGGAACCAGCAUAGUCUACAGAUACGCCCUUGAAGAGUAAUGAAAUUCAAAUGUAUACCAGAAGUGAGGUCAGAGGUAGCUCCAGUCAGCUGAGCCUGACACUGACGUCAGCUGUUUGGGAGCGACCUCUCACACAAUGUGGUCACCUGACAGUGCCGCAAAACCCACCUCCCAUCAUCCUGAUGGUGACAGCAGCCAAAGUCUGAAGGCAACGUUCCUGAGGUUUGACAGUGACGCUCGCUCUCUGCUGCCAGUUGACCAGAAAAUAGUCAGAGCUAAAUUACACAGACAAGCCCGACAUUUUAACACUUGAUUGUGACCAAUGGAGGAAUAGGAAGCACUUGGUUUGGAACGUUUAUUUUCAAUGUGAAACAGCUUUCUUUUAUGACAGUUUGAAGCCAAAUAUAAAAUCAUAAAAUCUUCACAUUUCACAAUGUAAUUACUUUGAAUAAGACACAAACAGAAAUCUACGGUAUUUUUAAGUACAGUCUGUCUGACUGCUAUCGUAUUAAAUGCUUUGAUUAUAGUUUGACCUUAGAUGUCCCAACAGCAAUUAAUAAAUAUGGCAAAUCUGAGAAUUAACCCACAACAAUGAAUGGCUUUUACAUCAAAAUACAGAAUUGAACUUCCCAUUUCAAAUUGCAACCCUUCCCCAGGUUUAAAGUGCUUUACAAUUCCUGAUCUAACAACACGAGGGAGAAUAUGUUACCUAACAGUAUUAUGGACAUUCAGUGUUAAUUCGGGAUUAAUUAUUGCCACUGUUGCUUUUCUUCCAACUAUUCUGGUUGCAUUUGUGAGGACCUCAGCACAAACUACCCAGUAGGAGCUGCUGUCUGAUGUAAGGCAAACACAAAUGGAAAAAAAAGUGAAGUGGGAAAGCUAAUCGACUAAAUGGAGAACAACUGGAAAUAUUUCGAACAGGGAGUUUUAUAAGCUUUCAAAAGCAAACAUUACAAAACACUUUUUCUGAAAGAAAACUUAUAUUCUUAAACAUUGGCUGCAAUCUUAAAGCAACAAAAUAACAGUUAAUUGAAGUUUUCCUUUACAUGACCUAUGCUUCACCUACAUUAACAUGUUUUGGCCUCUAUCAAUUUGGUUUCCCCGCUGUAAAAAGGGAAUCUUUCUUUACUUUGUCUUCCUGUGACUUUUCUCUCCAUUGGCAUCACAAGAAAAAUAUCUAUGUUUUAAAUGAGAAAAUAUGUUUUACUUAAUCAGGGAAAUACAUCCAGUUUAACCUGUGAUGAGGUGUAGAAGUAAAAUAACAAGAAGACAAAAGCCUUUCCCAUAGAAAUGAAGGUGAAGGCAGUGAAAUCACCAUGUUUAAUACUAAAAUGUGUUUCCAAUAACUGCAUUUUCAUUCUACUUAAAAUUACUAAGCAAUCAAAAAACACUGCUUUUUUUUAAAGUUUAUGAAUCAGAAACCAGUAGGCAGUGAUUAUUCUUAUUAAUUUGCUUCUUGUUUUGCUUCUGGUAUGUCAGAAUGAAGAUGAAAGGUUAUUACAGUUUGUUUGGAAUCAGGCAUCAUACUCCAUGAUGGUGACUAGGAAAUCCAUUGACCCUAGUUAAUCUGAAUCUCUGUAUGAUAAAUGCUGCCAAAAUAGAAGUUGGGACAGAUUUUCUAAACGUUUGUAACAUACUAGAACACUUCUGUAGGAAGGUUUUAAUAAACAUUCAAUUUGUAAUAUUCA